AUGAAGGGCGAGAUUCUUCACCUCCACCUUGGCCAGGCCGGUGUCCAGCUGGGUAACUCUGCUUGGGAACUCUACCUGCUCGAGCACGGCCUCGGCGCUGAUGGUCGUCCCGACCCCAACGGCCCUGAGAUCGGCGACCCUGGCUCUUUCGAGACCUUCUUCUCCGAAACCAGCGGUGGCAAGCAUGUUCCUCGCUCCAUCUUCGUCGACCUGGACCCCUCGCCCAUUGACGAGAUCCGUACCGGCGCCUACCGUCAGCUGUUCCACCCCGAGCUGUUGAUCAGCGGCAAGGAGGAUGCCGCCAACAACUACGCCCGUGGCCACUACACCAUUGGCAAGGAGAUGGUCGAUAAUGUCAUUGACCGCAUCCGCCGUGUUGCCGACAACUGCCACUCCCUCCAGGGCUUCCUGAUCUUCCACUCCUUCGGUGGUGGUACCGGUUCCGGUUUCGGUGCCCUCCUUCUCGAGCGUCUUUCUACCGAGUACGGCAAGAAGUCCAAGCUUGAGUUCGCCGUCUACCCCGCUCCUCGUGUCUCGACGGCCGUUGUCGAGCCUUACAACGCUGUCCUGUCCACCCACAGCACCAUCGAGAACUCCGACUGUACGUUCCUCGUCGACAACGAGGCUGUCUACGACAUCUGCCGCCGCAACCUAGACAUCCCCCGUCCCUCAUACGAGCACCUCAACCGUCUGAUCGCUCAGGUCGUCUCUUCCAUCACCUCGUCUCUCCGAUUCGACGGUGCCCUGAACGUCGACCUCAACGAGUUCCAGACCAACCUGGUGCCCUACCCUCGUAUCCACUACCCCCUGAUCAGCUACGCUCCCGUUGUGUCUGCUUCGAACAGCCAGCACGAGAGCUUCAAGGUUCAGGAGUUGACCUUCCAGUGCUUCGAGCCCAACAACCAGAUGGUCGUCUGCGAUCCCCGCAACGGCAAGUACAUGGCUGUGGCUCUGCUGUAUCGUGGCGACGCCGUCCCUCGCGACUGCAACGCUGCCAUUGCCGCGCUCAAGGCCAAGUCCUCCUUCAACCUGGUCGAAUGGUGCCCCACGGGCUUCAAGCUCGGAAUCAACUACCAGAAGCCUGUUGCCGUCCCCGCCGCCCCAGGCGAUGGCGGUCUCGCCUCUGUCGACCGUUCCGUCUCCAUGUUGUCCAACACCACCGCGAUUGCUGAGGCUUGGUCGAGGCUGGACCACAAGUUUGACCUCAUGUACAGCAAGCGUGCUUUCGUGCACUGGUACGUUGGUGAGGGCAUGGAGGAGGGUGAGUUCAGCGAGGCCCGUGAGGAUCUUGCUGCGCUCGAGAAGGAUUACGAGGAGGUUGCCGCCGAUUCGUUCGAGCCUGAUGAGGGUGACGCUGAGUACUAA